AUGUCGCUUCACGACAAGUACCCGGCCUACGGCGAGCGUGGUCCUACGGACCUGCGCCUGGGCAUCUCUCUCGCCAUCAUUGCCACCAUCUUUAUGGUAUUGCGGGUGUAUGUGCGAUUGCGUGUGAACAAAUUCGGUACGACCGCGUUAAUAUGGUCUCUCGUUGCUUGGCUAUUCACAGCCAUUACCCAAGUCUUUGGUAUCCUGUCUGUUCUGCACGGUCUAGGUAAUCAUAUCACACUCAUUAUUAAAGUUGGCCAACUCCACAACUUCCUUCUCUUCACUUGGAUCACCGUCUUCUUUUUCAAUCUCGCUAUUCCCACCGGCAAGGUGGCCGUAGCCGCGUUCCUUAUUGAGAUGAACGGACAAGGCAACCCCAGGAUCCGCAAAAGUCUUAUCGCCGUUGCCGCGCUUAACAUCGUCCUCAACAUUCCCCAGGUCCUUAUGGUCUGGUUCCAAUGCUCUCCAGUCGAUGCUCUCUGGGAUCCACUUCGUCAGGACCAGUGUGACCACCGGAAGAGCGUUUACUAUACAUACUUUGUCGGUGCCAUCGCCGCACUUUCCGACUUCUACCUGGCCAUUGUCCCCAUCCACAUGCUGGUACCGUUGAAAAUCGACCGCAAGCUGAAAUGGGGUCUGAGCUUCCUGAUGGGCUGUGGUAUCUUCGCCGGAGUGGCUGCCAUCGUCCGUACAUGGGCAGCCAAGUUUAUUCUUACUGAAGAUUCUUCCUAUGGCGUCGGAACCCUCUUCCUUUGGGGUGAGGUCGAAGAAUGGGUCGUUCUUAUCACCAUGUCCAUUCCCCCAGUCUGGCCACUCUUCCGCCCCUUCACGACCCGCUUCAUCAAAUCCAAUUUCUCCCGCACCCCCGGACCAGACUACAAAUACAACUACGGCUACAAGCGUCCUGGAUACAGCUCGACAGCCGUGGCCUCACCCAUGUCGCCCAACUUCCCACCACCAAUGAUCACAACUACUAUUAACAUUUCCUCGGCAAAGGAUGGCGCGACGACUAUCAUACCAUCUGAGACGGGAUCGCGCAUCUCGGACGAGCGAACACCCCACGAUAUACUCGAUAAGAAUAGUAAUGCGCAGGGUGGUUGGGUAGAGCUCGGAAAGGUGCCGGAUAAAUAUCGACGGACACGUUCGCCGGCUCAAUAG